AUGUCUACCAAUCUACUAUUUAUAUUUUUAUUAUGCCUAAUUGAUUACUCAUCAUCACGUCUGCAUACGAGACCUGAUUCCGAGCCAGAUGAUCCAUGUAUUCGACCACCAGCAAACGGUUUCAUCACAGCACAACAAAUGGACUUUGUAUGUCAACACCGUCGUCAUUGGCUCAAGGAAAGAGAUUCAAAUGUGAAGACGUGGUCAGAUGCUUCAUAUAAACAGCUCAAAUAUUUAUCAAAUAUCGAACACUGUACACGUACGAACUGUGUCAAGGAAGCCCGUCGUCGGAAAAGAGCAACUGAGAAAUCUAUUCGCAAAGAAAUUCGGAUGAUGACGGCAGAAGAACGAAACAAUCUCUUUCAAGCAAUGAAUGGCUUAAAAGGGAGGAUGAUUGAUAACAUAACAGCCUGGGAUCUCCAUACCUUAGUUCAUUAUCCAGAUAGCGCACCAGGUGCACAUUGGGGGGCAGCCUUUCUUCCAUGGCAUCGAGAGUUUCUUCGUCAAUUCGAAAUAGCUCUGCAACAAGAAGUUCCUUCUGUCACCUUACCUUAUUGGGAUUCUACACUAGAUGAAGGGCUUCCUGAUGCUGCGGACAGUGUUCUAUUCACUGAUGAACUUCUUGGAAAUGGCAAUGGAUAUGUUAAAACAGGGCCAUUCAAGGAUUGGGAUACAAAUGUUUUAAUGCCUCUUAGCCAAAUUCCAGUUAAGAAGCUUUACAGAUCUACUGGUGGUCGAGCACAAGAUCGCUUGAUGUCACCUACAGAUGUUGACUGGAUAACUUCAAGGAAACAUUACAAAGAUUUGACAUUCUGUCACGAUAAAACCUUCGAAAGUAUUCAUGGUCUCAGCCAUGUAUGGGUUGGAGGAUUCAUGUUUGUCAUCAGGGUUAGUCCAAACGAUCCAAUGUUCUAUAUGCAUCAUGCAUUUGUUGACUAUCUAUGGGAACAAUUCCGCCAAAAACAACAAAACCGAAUUGAACGUGAAACGCAGUGGGCAAAGGAUGUUUGCAAUCCUCUGCAUGCGUUUGACGUUCAGAUGAAACCAUUCAGGAUUCAGAAUCGAGAUGGCUUAAGCAACCGAUACACGGAUGAAUGGUACGAGUAUGAGAAAGUCAGACAUUGUAGUCCAGAUAGAGAAAACUGUGAUUCACCGUAUUAUUGGUGUGAUGUGUCCAGAUGGCGAUGUCGUAGUAAAGUAGUUCUUGGAGGAAACUGUACCGGAUACGACGGACAACCAAUAUGCUUGAAUUCCGUUUGCCAACAGGGAAUAUGUACAGUUCCUCCACGUGUUAGAAGUUCCAUGAAGUUAAGGGCGGAACAACCUGUGACGUCACCAUUAGAAAACGUUUGGACAAAAACAUUUUUGAUUGAUAAAGAUGGAAAUGGUAUUCAUUCGGCUCAGGUGACUAUAACUAACAAGCUGACAGGAAACAACAUUACUGUUUUCAAUGAAGAAGACUUCAGCUUCCCAGAAAUCCCAGGAACGGUUUAUCUGCCUUUACCCAAGCCAAGAGCUGGAAUGAUUCAAGAAGUUCAGUUGGAAGCUCGUGAUCAAAAUGGACGGUAUUGUCAAUCAUACUGUUACAACAGCACUGUUGAGAGGCAUCAGGUAUGCCAACCGAACCUCCUAAUUGGGUAUCGUCCAGAAGCUUCAUCGCCUAUAGCCUACACCCACUCCUUCAGUUCAAGAAAAUUCCUCGAUGUUGAUUUGUCUGUUCAUCCAAAGGAAGUUGUCGUGUCCGCACCGUAUAUGAUAUUCGCUUGCUCUAGAAAAAUGGUCACAUCCGCUAUGAUCUCAGAUUUGGCUGAAAGAACGAAGCCGAUUCCCUCGUUUGACGACACUGUUUGGCUUCGUGUAGGACUUCAUAGAAAGAACAUACAAGGGCUGGAGGUAGAAGUUGAAAGUAACGUUGGUGCUAUCUGGACUCAAGCUGUUCGAUUAGCUGUAUCUCCCUAUGACCCAAGUGUCUUAUUUAUAAAAGCCCCUAAUCCUCUCCUUCAUAAGAAUGGAGUUCGACUGUUCGUUUCCAUACUUGAAGAAGGUCGUCGUUUAGCAUGUUCGAUGAAAUGUACUAUGAAGGAUGGCUCCAUCAAGAUAUGUGAUGGUCAAAUCAACUUGCAUAGCCUUCCUGAGUUAUCCGAAGAAGACGUUUUCACAACAGAAUCGUCUGAAUUGCAAUUAAUUGGAUGGAACAUGAGAGGACAUCCAACUGAAUGGAGACACAAAAUGCCUUAUUUGGCAUUUUAUUGUUAA